GUAAUUUGACGCGUUUCCUAGAGCUAAAAUGGCUGCCACGUGGUUUGACGGCUCGUGUCGUCCUCGCGAUUAGGUUAUCAAACAACCAAAGUUAUGUGACGUUUAGUAAAUACUAUUUUUGGCGUGUAUAUUUUUAGUAGGCUCAAGGUGAGGAGCGUGCUAACAGCAACGAAGUAUGAGUGAGAUAAAACAGCGAAAGAGGGCAGCGAGCAAAGAGAUCCUGGACAGAUCGGCGGUGUCGGAGAAGCACGAUGACCUCGGAGAUUCCAACGGAAUAGCGUACCAUGACGCGAAGCCGACAGGAGCAUCGAAGGCUAAUACUACCGAGAGGAAUGCCCUCGAGGUCGGAAACUCGUGGCUCAAUGGAGACUUCCAACCGUUCUCCGUCAAUAUUGAAGUUGACGGGAUGGCGGUGGCACUGUUCUUACUCGGACUGUUCACGAGAAUGUGGAGACUGGAAGAACCGAGGAGCAUUGUAUUUGAUGAGCUGCAUUAUGGAAAGUUUGCCAGCUUGUACAUGAAGAACACAUUUUUCUUUGAUUCUCAUCCACCACUGGGAAAGCAGUUGGUUGCACUAGCAGGAUAUCUUGCUGGAUUUGAUGGCAAUGCCCAAUUUGACAGAAUUGGUGGAAGUUACAGUGCGUCGGUUCCGCUCUGGGCUCUGCGGUUUGUGCCGGCCUUCUUUGGCUCGCUUUUGGUUCCGACGACGUACCAUCUGGCCACGUCUCUAGGCUUGGCUCGAAGCUCAGCGGCAUUGGCAGCCAUCCUCAUGCUGCUCGAGAACUCUCUACUCACACAGUCUCGGUUCAUACUCAUGGAGAGCAUUCUCAUAUGCUUUGCCGCCCUGGGACUGCUUUGCCUGCUCAAGUUCAGACAGUCUGACCAGCGUCGGCCCUUUUCCUUUGGCUGGUGGUUCUGGCUGGUCCUGUCUGUGGCCUUCCUCACCUGUGCUCUCUGUGUAAAAUAUAUUGGCAUGUUUUCGAUCCUGUUGGCUGUCUACAUUAUGGCACGUGACUUUUGGAACAUGCUUGGAAACAGUGCAAUUUCUGAUGCCAAGCUCUGGCUCCACUUCAUGUGCCGAUCUGCGGUCACAGUGGUUGUGCCGACGUGCAUCUACCUGGGGGUGUUUUAUGUGCACCUCAACACCCUCACCAAGGCUGGCCCACAUGACAACAUCAUGACCAGUGCUUUUCAGGCCAGCCUGGAGGGUGGUCUGGCCUCCAUCACCAAGGGACAACCCCUAGCAGUGGUGCACGGUUCUCAGGUGACCCUACGCCACACUCACGGACGGGCCUGCUGGCUCCACUCUCAUCCCCACGUCUACCCCAUCAAGUACCCCGACGGAAGGGGCAGUUCCCAUCAGCAGCAGGUGACUUGCUACAGCUUCAAAGAUGUGAAUAACUGGUGGAUUGUUAAACGCCCAGACAUAAAGGACAUUGUUGUUUCUGAGCCACCAGAUCAAAUCAAGCACGGCGAUAUUGUUCAACUAAUUCACGGCAUGACAAGCCGUGCGCUGAACAGUCAUGACGUUGCAUCACCAAUGUCACCCCAGCAUCAGGAAGUCUCAUGCUACAUCAACUAUAACAUAUCCUACCCUUCCCAGAAUUUAUGGCGUGUGGACAUUCUCAAUAAAGACACGGAAGGGGACACAUGGCACACCAUUCACUCUCAUGUUCGUCUUGUUCACGUUAAUACAAGCCAAGCACUGAAGUUCAGCGGCAAACAGUUGCCUGACUGGGGUUUCCACCAGCACGAGGUGGUCACCGAUCGGUUUCUGGUUCAGGACGACACAGUCUGGAAUGUGGAGGAGCAUCGGUAUACAAAAAAUUCAGAUGAAAAAGAGCGUGAACGGGAUAUGGUGUCUGCUGAAUUUGUCCCUCUCCAGCCAACUCACCUUUCAUUUCUUCAAAAGAUGUGGGAACUACAGUACAAGAUGCUCUUGGUGAAUCAGGAAAAUGUGCAAGAUCACGUGUACAGCUCAGACCCCAUGGAGUGGCCUCUGAUGACCCGAGGCAUUGCAUACUGGGUCAGCCCAACUACCAAUGCUCAGAUUCACCUGAUUGGAAACUUGGCCAUCUGGUACACGGGCACAGUCUGCCUGCUUCUCUAUAUGGCAAUCUUCAGCUUCUACUUGCUGAGACGUCACAGGCUCGUCUACGACAUUCCCGACGAUGCCUUUGAGAAGUUUAAGUUUGGAGGAGAACUGUGCGUCGUGGGAUAUGCGAUGCACGUGGUGCCUUACUUUUUUGCGGACCGGACUUUGUUCCUUCAUCAUUACCUGCCCGCCCUCCUCUACAAGGUUCUUGUCCUGGUGGUGGUGUUGGAACACAUUGACUUCGUCCUCUGUUCUGUUAUCAGGAAGAAGUGGCUUCAGUUUGCCUACUACGCUGGUCUCUGUUUGUGGAUGCUGAGUGUGGUCUACGUGUUCUGGAAGUUCUCCCCUUUCUGCUAUGGAACAACUGCCCUCUCUGCCGACGAGGUUCAAGCCCUCAAGUGGAAGGACUCGUGGAACUUCAUCAUUCACCGUCCCUGAUGUGUGCCAUCUUAAUGUGAUUGUUUGACGUGUGCUGCACAACACAGCAUGAAGAUGACAUCUGUGCUGUUUCACAUUUUACUCAUACAGGUUAGUGUCGAAACACUGAACAUUAGUACCUGGAUUGGUGCUCCACAUAAGCACAUUCCACUACGCUAGUAGUCCGGAUCACUGCCAGCCAGCUGUUUAAGGGAAAAUGCAAGAACUGGCAGUUGCUAGAUUGCACUGUGUCACACAUGGCACUAGCACCCUCUACUUUCAAGCUCUCAUUGGCCCGAGGAUUGUGUUUUUGAAUUGAAAGGAGGCCAAAUCAAAUGAGCAAAAAAAAAGUAAUGGCUGGUACAAUGGUAAAUUUUUGUAUAGCAUUUUAUUAGCUUUUUCCAGCUGUGCUUUGGAAAAACAUUUAGGUGUUGGUAGGUUUUAGGGGGUUCAUUGAAUGAGGCAAAAAUGAACUACUGCAGCUGCAUUUUGUUUUGAAGGACAAUUCAUCUGCCGUUAACCUGCAUUUUGUUUGGACAAUAGUUUCUCUGCCAUUGUUUCUUUUAUCUGUAAAUGCUAUGGGGGUGUUUACAAGAUAAUGUAAAGAAUAACAAGGAAGUGUUCCUGUAAUUAUGGAGCUUUACCAUGGCAAAGGGACAGUUAACUGUAUGUUCAGAGUAUUGUAGCAGUUUUUCUGUGCCUUGUUAUCUUUCUUGCUCACAUAAAUUGCUUUCAAUUAUGUUCUCUUUGCAAGACGAAAUGUGCAAUUUCAUGUACCAGAAAAUGUUACAGUGUAUGUUGCACCUGGUAAUGACCUUUUUAUGGCCUUGAUUCGCAUGGGAGUUAGGGUACCUAAUGUUUUUAUGAACACUAGUACAGUGCAAUCCGCUUAUAACGAUACCACAUAUAACAAUGUACUGUUUAUAACGAUCAGUUUCUAAAGUUUCUAGACAAGAAACGCUCAGUUUCUAGACUGGAAACGCUCGGUUUCUAGUCCAGAUACAACAAUCAUCGGUUAUAAUGGUUCAAUUUUUGGGAUUUUUUAUUAUUGCUAUAAGCAAAUUGCACUGUAUGCCAAUUUUAAACCUUUCUGGCUAUUUUGGUCUGCUUUUGUUACUAGAUCUAGACUAAUCCUGGAUGUAAUUUAUAGUCUACUAUGUACAUUGAAAAGAAUCCUGGAGGUCUUUUUUAUCCCCAAAGUGUUUGCUAUGUUUUAUGAGAUCUGAGAAACAGUUAUUUUAGAAUAUGAGAGAUAUGUGUGCGGCAUCUUUUUUGUGGCCUCACAUAUUUUAUGUUUGGAAAUAGGGGUGACUUGCCACUUUGUAAACAUUGGUGUAAAGGAUGUCUUCCCCAUCUUUUGUUUGUUUUGAUGUGGGCAUGAGUGAACGAUCCCUUCUCAUGAGCAUAUGAUCAUAUUUUUGAGGUCUAGGUUUAUACAUCUUAUAUGAGGCCUAUUUUUUCUUGUUUGAUACCUCUAAUGCUCAACAAAUACUUAACUGAACAUAUAUGGCUCUUCAUGUGGUUUCUCAUUCGUGGUUUGUCUUUUCUUGGUCUCUUAAACACUACUCUGUUUUUCUUUCCUUUUUUUUGUUUUGGUGGAGAAGAGAAUGCUGCAGAAUGAACAAGUUAGAAUUCUCAGCAGAUUUCAAUCUUUGACAAUUUCUACUUGAAUGCACAUGUCAUGGAGUAAAACAAGAGUGACAAGUCUUUAUUACUGUGAAACUUGUACCUACUAGUAUUUUUGUAGCACCCUUGAACAUGAUAUAGUUGAAUCUCACAUAGCUGACAUACUUCUAAAAAUAGGGUGGAAUUUGAUAACAAGAGGGGAUCUUUAUCAAUGCACAUCUUCUAAAUAACUGUUUAAAAAACUCACAUUCUUCUUUAAACAUCUUUUUACUGUUAUACUUCGAGCCUGAAUGUCUUUUGUUAAUGACUGUUAUUCUCAUAGGAGGUAUCCCUUCAAGAGAAAUAGGUUUAUUGUGUCACAAGUGUGCAAAAUUUGUAAGCCUGUACAAGUAACUACUAGUAUGCCCAGGGUCUGUGAACUUUUACAGCACAGUUACUUAAAAUGUGUGGGAUAUCUAUUGCAAUUUAUGUUUGUGACAAAUGUGUGCAUCUGAAUUCAUUGUACAACGAACUAACGUUUUCCUCUAUUGGGGUUGCAUCCCAGUGAAGCUUCAAAUUCACCAAUAGUGUGACUUUGUGCCUUAUUGCAUUUUCAUGAAAGAGAGGGAGUGCGAUAUUUGUGUUUAGGAGUAUAUGGAUGAUUUAAGGUCCAGGGAAUAAAGCUUCUCAAGAA